AUGGAGAAACUGACAGGGUGUUUUCUGCUGGUGCUGCUGAGCUCUGUGGUAGCUGAAGAUAAGUUCAUCGGGGACGGAGGUACACUGGAGCUGACGCCUAAAGUCUCCGGUAACAUUACCACCAUCAAGUGGAAACUCAACCAAAAUACGGUAAAUUGGGAGAGAGGAGAAACUCUGACGUACCCUGACACGUUUAAAGGCCGAACAACCCUGAAUACAAAAACUGGAAGAUUGAAUAUCACAAACAUGACUCCAGCUGACAGUGGGGAGUAUUCAGUGAAAAUCAACAGUGCGAUGGAGCCUGCACUGACCUACACUGUAAAAGUGAUCAAGGAGGUGCCUCAGCCUGUUGUGGGGUUAAACCCACUGACAUGUUCUGAUGCAUCGAAAAGCUGCACCCUGGUCUGUGAGAAAAAGUCUGACGAAGCUGUGGCUUUGGCUGAAGCUGAACCUGUCACCUACAGCUGGAAGAUGGGAGAAGGAGUGUGGAUGAAUGGGGAGAAGAGCAGGACCAUCACCAAUGAUAAGGAGACACAAGGUGUGGAAACGUUCUCCUGCCGGAUGAAGAACCCGAUCAGUGAGAAACCCAGUGACCCCAUACCCAACCCUUUCUCCAAAACAAAGGCUUCAGCCCAUUCUGGAGUUGCUGGAUCUGUUUCUGUGGAUCUGCUUGUUGUCGUCUUGGCUGCUGUGUUUGGUGCAGGAUUUUAAACUAAAGGCUAAACUUUCAUUGAAGAAGAUCCUGCAGACUCUGAACUUUGGAUUUAAAUUUUCAGAGGCUGUCAUGAGAUCUCUGCUCAUCUGUCUCUUUUCUCUUUUGGGGUUUUUUUUGUGCUUGAUGUGGCGAAAAACAAUGUAAUGAUCAGAAAAGGUGAUGAUGUGGCUGACAUGGACGAUCGCUUUCAUUUCCUGAUAAAGCCGUCAGUCCUCCAGUCAGGGAGCUAGUGUGUUGUGAUCAGCAGUUAAAUAUAAAAACAAGAUUUUGUUUGCUUUUUUAAAAAAUUGAUUUUUUUAAACAGUGCUGUAUCUGUACGUAUAUUUUCUACCGCUGUCAGUUUUUACAUAUUUCCAUUAUUAUAAUGUUUUUUUCUAUUUUUGAUUGUGACACAGUUAAUCAAAGUGAGCUUCUAAAAGAAAAAUAUAUAAAAC